CAUGUUCAUAUGCUAACGGUGGCUCUUUAUUUGUAGGUGCCAAAACCAAUAAAUUAUUUCCUUGAGGCUCACUUGGAUGAAAAGGGUGUAAAACAAAUCCUCCGACUUAUACUUUCAAAGUUCAGUCGACGUCAACCUGGACGCUCAGACAAUGAUUGGGCAAGCAUGUGGCAUGAUAUGCAGUCUUUGCAAAAGAUAUCUUUUCCUUUUCUUGACCUUGAGUAUAUGUUAAUGGAAUUCUGCAGAGGGCUUCUAAAGGCUGGAAAAUUUUCUCUUGCUAGAAAUUAUUUGAAAGGUACAGGUUCAGUUUCUUUGCCAUCAGAGAAGGCAGAAGAUCUUGUUAUUAAGGCUGCAAGGGAGUAUUUCUUUUCAGCUUCAAGUCUUGCGUCUUCAGAAAUAUGGAAAGCAAAGGAAUGCCUGAAUUUAUUUCCUAAUAGCAGAAAUGUUAAAGCAGAGGCUGAUCUCAUUGAUGCUCUUGCUGUAAAACUUCCAAACCUUGGGGUGACUCUUCUACCCAUGCAGUUCAGGCAAAUAAAAGACCCAAUGGAGAUCAUUAAGAUGGCAAUCACCAGUCAACCUGGCGCUUAUCUACAUGUUGGUGAACUCAUUGAGGUUGCUAAACUUCUUGGGUUGAACUCUUUUCGAGAUAUAUCGACUGUUGAGGAAGCUAUUGCUAGAGAAGCAGCAGUAGCUGGUGAUCUGCAAUUAGCAUUUGAUCUCUGCCUUGUUUUGACAAGAAAAGGACAUGGUCAAAUCUGGGACUUGUGUGCUGCAAUAGCAAGAGGUCCUGCCCUAGAAAAUAUGGAUGUAAGUUCUAGAAAGCAGUUAUUGGGAUUCGCGUUAAGCCACUGUGAUGAAGAAUCAAUUGGCGAGCUGCUCCAUGCAUGGAAAGAUCUAGACCUGCAGGGCCAAUGCGAGACAUUGAUGUUGUUGACAGGGACUGAUGCUCCAAAUUUCUCAGUUCAAGGCUCCUCGAUUACCUCACCUUCAGGCUAUAGCACCCAAGAUAUGGUUGGCCUAAAAGAUUGCCCUGGACUGGUUGAAGGGAUUAGCAAUGAUGAUCAAGAACUUCAUGUGAAUAGCAUCAAAAAUACAAUUUGCACAGUUGUUAAAACAUUGCCUGCGGAUAAUGGGACAAAUUGGGAAUCUUUUCUGGGAGAAAAUGGAAAAUUUUUUUCUUUUGCUGCUUCCAAACUUCCAUGGUUACUUGAAUUGAGUAGGAACCAAGAAUCCGGUAAGAAACUGAUUUCUGGCUCAUUCCCCAGAAAACAAUUUGUUAGUUUAAAAACAACAGCUAUUGUUACCAUACUCUCAUGGUUGGCAAGAAAUGAUUUUGCACCAAAAGAUGAUCUGAUUGCUUCCUUGGCAAAAUCAAUCAUGGAACCACCUGUUACUGAAGAGGAAGACAUUACGGGGUGCUCAUUCCUGUUGAAUCUCACGGAUGCAUUUAACGGGGUCACAGUCAUAGAAGAGCAGCUGAGGACAAGGGAAGAGUAUCAAGAAAUUUGCAACAUUAUGAAUAUGGGAAUGAUAUAUAGUUUACUGCAUAGCUGUGGAGUUGACUGUGGAGGUCCUGCUCAGAGGAGGGAGCUGCUUUGGAGGAAGUUCAAAGAGAAGCAUAUGCCUCCUAGUUCAGAUGAAAUGAACAAGAUCGACAAAGUACAGUCAACAUUUUGGAGGGAAUGGAAGCUCAAAUUAGAAGAAAAGAAGUGUGCAGCAGAUCGUUCUAGAGUGUUGGAGCAAAUAAUUCCUGGGGUUGAAACUGCACGCUUUUUGUCUGGUGAUGUCAAUUACAUAAAGAGUGUUGUAUUUACCCUCAUUGAUUCAGUAAAGUUAGAGAAGAAGCAAAUUUUGAAGGAUCUGUUGCAACUGGCAGAUACCUAUGGCUUGAACCGGGCUGAAGUCGUAUUGCGGUACUUAAGUUCUAUCCUCGUUUCUGAGAUCUGGACUAAUGAUGAUAUCACUGCAGAGAUCUCCGAAGUUAAAGAAGAAAUCCUUGGUUUCGCCCCUCAAACCAUCAAAACUAUAUCCUUGUUUGUAUACCCAGCAGUUGAUGGGUGCAACAAACUGCGCCUGGCUUACUUAUACAGCCUCUUGUCUGAUUGCUACUUGCAGUUAGAAGAAAGCAAAGACUCUUUAUCAGUGAUUCAGCCUGACCUACCACAUGUGCUCUCUCUUGGGUUACCUCAAUUUUAUAAGAUCAUUGAGCAGGAAUGCAGAAGAGUUUCCUUUAUUAAGAACUUGAAUUUCAAAAACAUUGCAGGAUUAAGUGGUUUGAAUUUGCAGAGUUUCAGCACUGAAGUCUAUACACAUGUUAAUGAGUAUAGUUUGGAAGCCUUGGCGAAAAUGGUGCAGAUUUUGGCUGGUAUCUAUGCUGAUCAAGUGCCUGAGGGUCUCAUUUCCUGGCAAGAUGUCCACAAAUAUUAUGCAUUGAGUAUGUUGGACACUUUGAAGAGCAAAAUCAGAACAGAUUUCAAUAUGAAAAGCCCUGAAAAUUUUCAGGACUUAAUUGUUCAAAUUGAACAGACCUAUGAUUUUUCCAAGAUGCACAUAAAACUUUUAGAACCUCUGGAAGCUUUGGACAUUAUGAAGCAGUACUUCAUUGUGAUAAUACCUUUGUACAGUUCCUGCAAGAGUUUACCAGACAACUCAGCAUGGCAGGACUGCCUUAUAUUCCUUGUGAACUUUUGGAUAAGACUAACUGAAGAAAUGCAAGAACUGAUGUGCAGUGAAAAUUCAGUAGAAAAUCUCAGGUUCAAUCCUGAAUGCAUAAUGAGUUGUCUGAAGAUUUUCAUGAGGUUGGUGAUGGAGGAUAGUAUCUCCCCAAGUCAAGCAUGGGCCACCAUUCUUGGCUAUCUAAAUUGUGGUCUGUGCGGUGAUUGCGCUCUAGUAAUUUUUGCUUUCUGCAGAGCUAUGGUAUUUUCUGGUUGUGGAUUUGUAACCUUGUCAGAGGUCUUCCAUGAAACACUCUCUCAAUGUCAAACCAGUUUGGCUCCAGCUGCUGACCCUGGAUUACAGGAUCUUCCACAUCUCUAUUUAAGUAUAUUGGAGCCUAUUUUACAGGAUAUUGUUCAUGGGUUCUAUGAAGACCAGAAUUUGUACAAUUUGUUGUCUUCUCUUAGCUAUUUGGUAGGUGAUUUAGAUGAGCUGACGAAGGUUAGACAAGUAGUUUGGGAAAGAAUUGCCAGUUUUUCUGAAAAUUUGCAGCUACCGAGUCAAGUUCGUGUUUAUGCUCUAGAGCUUAUGCAAUUUAUCUCAGCCAGAAAUAUCAAGGGAUUCUCAUCAGGGCUACAAUCCCAUGUUCUCCCUUGGGAAGGGUGGGAUGAGAUGCUUGAUAUUGACAGAAAGACUGAAAAUGCUGAUAAUCAGGGAGUGCAAGAUCAAACAAAUGGGUCUAGCAGGUUUACGAGCACUUUGGUUGCACUUAUAUCAUCUCAGCUUGUUGCAGUCAUCUCACCAGAUAUACAAAUCACCUCUGAUGACCUCUUGAAUACUGAGUCGGCAGUUUCUUGUUUCUUGAAGCUUUCUGCGGCUGCUUGUAAGGACUCUCAUGUUGACUCCUUGUUAUCCAUUUUAGAAGAGUGGGAAGGGCUUUUUGUUACUAGAGGCAAUGAAGUAGCUUCUCGAAACAUAUCUGAUCCAGGAAACAACUGGAGUAAUGAUGAAUGGGAUGAGGGUUGGGAAACUUUUCAGGAGGAUGAACCCCUUGAGAAUGAAAAGAAAGAGGCUUCUUGUUCCAUUCAUCCUUUGCACCAAUGCUGGGUGGAGAUCUUCCAAAAACUCAUUACUCUGUCGCGGCUGAGAGAUGUAUUGAUACUGAUUGAUCAUUCCUUAUCAAAAUGUAAUGGAGUACUGAUCAAUGAAGAUGAAGCCGGGACCUUGAGUCAGAUUCUAGUUGGGAAAGAUUGUUUUUUGGCUUUAAAGAUGGUGCUUUUAUUGCCUUAUGAAGCAAAAAGGCUGCAGUGUUUAAGCCUAGUUGAAGAAAAACUGAAGCAAGAAGGCAUCCCAGAAACUGGCAGCCAGGAUCACGAGCUUCUUUUACUUCUGCUAUCUUCUGAGGUUAUACCAACUCUCAUCUCACAAUCUUCUUAUGGUACACUUUUCUCCUAUAUUUGCUAUCUAGUUGGAAAUUUUUCGCAUCAAUUUCAAGAAGCUAAGUUAUUGAGGUUGACAAAGAAGGGCAAGAAUGAACUCAGCAAAAACGAGAAAGACUACUUGUUCCUUUUCAGAAGAAUCAUCUUCCCUUGUUUUCUAUCAGAGCUUAUAAAAGGCGAUCAGCAAAUUCUAGCUGGAUUUAUAGUCACAAAAUUUAUGCACACAAACCCUUCACUCAGUCUCGUUAACAUUGCAGGGGCUAGUAUUAGUAGAUUUUUGAAGAAAGAGCUUCACUCAUUAGAGCAUGAAAAAUUUGGUGUAGAGGAAAUGAGAUCUGAAGCGUUAACAAACACAGUUUUGAGAUUGAGAGACAAGAUGACGAUUCUCAUCCAAUCUGCCUUGUCAGUGCUUUCGACAAGCAAUAUAUAGGGAAAGCUAUUGGCUGAUAGUCAGUAUAUUAAAAUAGUGAAACCUUCCUUUCCUUUUAUUACAGGCUAAAAGUAAAUGUGAUUAACAAAAGAUAGGUCAAUAUAGGACUUUAAAUGGGUCAAAAUUGACCCUUGAAUUGCAAUGUUCUUUUGAUGGAUGUAAAGGUGGUUAUUAUUUUUUUUUUCUCUUUUUGGUUUGCAUCCAUUAGGUUCAAGGAACGGCUUGAGUUCUGGCUAAAUCUCGUGGAUUCCAAAGAAGGUUUUGCAAUACACAAUUGCUUUCCGAAAUGGCAAAUGAGCAUGUAGCUACAACAGAAGUCAAGCUUAAUUCUAUGUUUGGCCACUA